AUGACUGCGAGCUCAGAAUCCAACUCUCUGCAGGCAGUUUCGACGACCACAAGUUCUGCUUCCAAGUCUCAGCCAUUUUUUUCGAAUGUCUGGUUUGCGUUGGAUGAGCACUCCGUUUCCAUGGCUGAACAAUCCGUCGCCAAGUUGGAGCAGUCUUUUACCAAGUCUAUGCGGGCUGUUUCAAAGGUAUUAUUUCAUCCUUUGCUCACACUUGUCAUCACCACGUAUGAGCUCCUCGCUAUCACCAAGACCAUCCGUACUGCAUCCACCACAGGGGACUUGUUCACCGCUGAAAAGAUCCUCACUCAAGAGAUCACUGCCAACGCCAAGAACUUCGCCUCCUAUGCCAACCGCUUUUUCGUUUUGGCACACAAACUCGACUGGGACAAUGCGCUUAAGGAUGCAAACAAGCUUGUCGACGACGGGAGGAAAGCCUUUGAUCUGGCAUUCAUGUUCACGCAUGGAAAUAUGGAUGCCACUGCGUUCCUUUACUUGAUCAAGGCAGGUCUAUUUGUUCGUCUUGCGUACUUCACUCUUCACUACGUGUUUCAGGCUAUUGCGCUCUUCAAUGCUAACAGGCACAAAGAAUCCCCUCGUUCACUUAUGUUCGUCCGCCGACUGAUGGGUCUGCACUUCGAGCAUCAGGCAAGUCUGCGACUCAAAUUAGGAACCAUUGCUUUCAAUGGCGCGCAUCAUAGUGAGGCCAUCGAGCACUUCACUGCCGCUGUCAAGGCUAGCACUUUCUUGGCUAAAUCCGCCGCCCCUGCUGCCUGCGAGGCUUUCACUGUGCUCUUCGGAUGGGACAUCGAGUCGUUGUGGGAAACCUCCAACAAGCAACUGAUCCUUGCGCUCCUUAGGGCUGGCAAGCUUGGAGAAGCCUUCGAAUCAUACCGUUUCGCGAUGACCGCAAGUGACAAAGCUACAAGGCUGGCUGGGUCUUCACUCUUACGUUGUAAUGAACGGUCCUUAAUCUUUCUUUCUAUCCCUACGUCGCCCUAUCCUUUGUACUUGACGCUUUGA